AUGUCGGCAAGAGAUCACCCUAUGGACGGAGAAGGAGAGCUUUCACCGGCGAAUAUAUCUUCCCGGCGGCAAACAAACACACCAUUUGUUCACAAAGUCGAAGUUCCUCCGAAGCAAAACCUGUUCAAUGAGUUCAUGUACGCUUUCAAAGAAACCUUCUUCCACGAUGAUCCUCUAAGGCAUUUCAAGGACCAGUCAAUGUCCAUGAAACUCAUGCUCGGUCUCCAGUCGGUAUUUCCGGUAUUCGAAUGGGGAAGAAACUACAAUCUCCAGAUGUUUCGUGGUGAUCUUAUUGCUGGUUUAACCAUAGCCAGUCUCUGCAUUCCUCAGGAUAUUGGAUAUGCGAAGCUCGCGAAUCUCGACCCUAAGUACGGCCUAUAUUCAAGUCUUGUGCCUCCAAUGGUGUACGCAUGUAUGGGAAGCUCAAGAGAUAUAGCGAUCGGACCCGUCGCAGUGAUUUCUCUCCUUUUAGGCACUCUUCUUAGAGCCGAGAUCGACCCGAACACAAACCCUAACGAAUAUCUCCGCCUAGCCUUCACCGCAACGUUCUUUGCCGGUGUCACUCAAGCAACGCUCGGAUUCUUCAGACUAGGUUUCUUGAUCGAUUUCUUAUCACACGCGGCGGUCGUAGGGUUCAUGGGCGGAGCAGCCAUCACCAUCGCGCUCCAACAGCUUAAAGGGUUCCUCGGAAUCAAGAAAUUCACCAAGAAAACCGAUAUCAUCGCGGUUCUUCAUUCCGUUUUCAGCUCAGCUCAUCACGGAUGGAAUUGGCAAACAAUACUCAUCAGCGCAUCUUUCUUGAUCUUCCUUCUCGCCUCCAAAUUCAUCGGGAAGAAGAACAAGAAACUGUUUUGGAUUCCAGCGAUAGCGCCUUUAUUAUCUGUUGUCAUUUCGACCUUCUUUGUCUACAUUACCAGAGCCGACAGAAAAGGAGUUCAAAUAGUGAAACAUAUCGACAAAGGCCUAAACCCUUCUUCUUUGCGUCUUAUACACUUCUCCGGCGAUUACCUUCUCAAGGGAUUCCGCAUUGGCGUCGUCUCAGGCAUGGUCGCCUUAACGGAAGCUGUAGCCAUAGGAAGAACAUUUGCAGCAAUGAAAGACUACCAAAUUGAUGGAAACAAAGAGAUGGUAGCAUUAGGAGCAAUGAACGUGAUCGGUUCGAUGACUUCUUGCUAUGUAUCCACCGGGUCGUUCUCAAGAUCCGCAGUCAACUUCAUGGCCGGAUGUCAAACAGCAGUCUCCAACAUCAUCAUUGUUGUCCUCUUAACGCUUCUCUUCCUCACUCCUCUUUUCAAAUACACACCUAACGCGAUUCUUGCGGCUAUCAUCAUCAACGCCGUGAUUCCUUUGAUUGACGUUAACGCCGCAGUUUUGAUCUUCAAGAUCGAUAAGCUUGAUUUCGUUGCUUGUAUGGGAGCUUUCUUUGGUGUCAUCUUUGUAUCUGUUGAGAUUGGCCUUCUCAUUGCCGUGGGCAUAUCUUUUGCUAAGAUACUCCUGCAAGUUACGAGACCUAGAACUGCGAUUCUUGGAAAGAUUCCUAGGACUUCGGUUUACCGGAAUAUCGAUCAGUAUCCUGAAGCUACUAGGGUUCCCGGAGUUUUGGCAAUUCGUGUUGACUCUGCGAUUUACUUCUCCAAUUCCAAUUACGUCAGAGAACGGAUUCAAAGAUGGUUGACAGAUGAAGAAGAGAUGGUGAAAGCUACACGCUUGCCUAGGAUCCAGUUUCUUAUCAUCGAAAUGUCACCUGUUACGGACAUCGAUACUAGCGGUAUUCACGCCUUAGAAGACUUAUACAAGUCUCUCCAGAAGAGAGACAUUCAGCUGGUUCUAGCGAAUCCAGGACCGGUGGUUAUAGACAAGCUAUACGUCUCUAACUUCGCAGACAUGUUGGGACACGACAAAAUCUUUCUGACGGUGGCUGAAGCCGUGGAUUGUUGUUGUCCAAAACUCUCCGACGAGGUCUGA